AAUAUUGCAUAUAUUUGCUAUUUGACAGUCACAUUUUGUGAAAAUUUUAGACAAUACAAAUUGAAAAGAAAUUGGCGUUCGUUAAUUAAAAAGCCAAUAUUGGUGUGUGCUACGAUUAUUAUUAAAAUUUUAAAGACAACUUACAAGAAAUAAAACAAACACAACAAGAAAAAUCCCUUUUAGUAAUGGUGAAGAAGAAACGUCAAUCCGAUGUGCAUGAUGAUGGUUCAUCAACUGAUUCAUCUGAAGGCGCGCUGCAAAGUCCAACAUCUAGCGCAGCAGUUUGUCAGCAUGUAAAGAAAUCUGUUGAUCCUACAAAAUUGCGCAAAGUAUUGAAAGCGAGUGGGCUGGCUACGGAUUGCAUGCAAUGCUCCAAACAAGGCGCUACUUCACCUGCAGCGGAAGUUAAGGAGUCAACAAUAGAUGAUUCCUUAAGCGGUUUCGAGUACGACAAUACACUCUGGCUAUGUUUGAAGUGCGGUUCCCAACUUUGUGGACGGUCUAGGAAUCAACAUGCUUUGCAGCAUUACAAUACCCCACACUCUGACUCGCAUUCCCUCACCAUGAACACACGUACGUUUGAAAUCUGGUGCUAUGAUUGCGAUAACGAAGUAAAAUCAAACUCACGUAAAAACCUAUUGGAGUGUGUUGAAAUGGUUAAAAAAGCUGCGCAAAAGCCAAUUCCCGUCGCAUCGCCCACGGAAAAUACACCACUUAAUAACAUAGAAGGCAAGAUAAUAUCGACUUGGGAAUCUUUACGUCCAUUAGUGGAGACUCAUGCGGCGAGCGCAACAAAUAAACCAAUACCGUUACCGCCACCGCCACCUAUUCCAGGUAUGGCAAAGCGUAUAACAGAUCCUGCAGUGUUGUCAGCACCAGUGGUGACGAAUAAACAAGCCAAUUCUAAUGACCUGCAAACUGUAGAAACAUUGCCGCGCGUACGUGGUUUGACAAAUCUGGGCAAUACAUGUUUCUUCAAUGCGGUAAUGCAGUGUUUAGCGCAAACUCCCUAUCUGCUAGACGUGCUAAAGGAGCUAUCCGAACCAGGCGAAGAAUUCAUUUUACCGGGUGGUACUUUUAAAUUCAAAGACGACGAAGAUGUACACUUGCCAAUGAUCAAAGGCACUCUGUCAUCGUGGGGUGGACUUACAGCGGCACUUGCGCAGGCUUUGGAAGAGCUGCAAUCAGGCGGCGGCGUUUUUACACCUAGCAAACUCUUCGAUAAGCUUUGCACAAAAUGUCCACAGUUUCGUGGCGGCGAUCAGCACGAUUCUCAUGAGUUACUACGUCAUCUAUUAGAGAGUGUGAGAUCUGAAGAUUUAAAACGCUACCAACGUGUGAUUUUAACCAAUCUCGGCUACAAGGACCAAGACAUAAACAGCGUCUCUGAGGAGAUGCGCCAAAAAUGUAAAAUCUACGGCAAUCAAGCAGCUGAUCGCAUACUACGCCCAGAGCAAGUAUUUCGCGGCUUUCUCGUGUCGACGCUCACUUGCCAAGAUUGCUAUAACGUAUCGUCGCGGCAUGAGUACUUCUUGGACAUGUCAUUGCCGGUUAGCGUAGAGAAACCACAGCCGCCGAUUAGACGUAAAACCAGCCCAGAUAAUUCGCCGUGCGCAAGCUCAUUUUACUUAAAUACGCCACCUGCCGGACCCUCCAAAGCGCAAUUGAAAAAGGAAAAAGAGAAGGAGCGCAAAGCGAAACGUGCCGCCAAACAUCACGAAAACAAAUUGAAACAGAAGGCAAUUUUGGAGAAUGCGAUGGGAGGCGCUGAUGAAGCUGGCGACUCAACGGCUCCAGAAAUUGGUUGUGCCAGGCGCGAGGAUGUCGCAGCAUUUUCUUCGUCUGCAUCUUCUUCCGAACAAUCCGAUGCUGAUGUUGAAGACAACCUGCUCGAUGACAACGCGGCCACGAAGUCAGCGCGUACUGCAAACGCAAACAGUUUCGACAGAAAUGGCAACAAACAAUUGCCGAUCACAGGCAAAACAGAAAAGCGCGACGAUUCACCCGAGAAUAUGGACAAGGACUCACUAGAUGAAGACGAAAAUGAUUCAGGCAUCGCCAAUAGUCCCGCAAAUGCCGGCAGCAACUUCUUGCCCUCCUCGGAAACGAAUGGCGGCGGCGCGGACACGGUAACCGCGAACAACAGCUUAGUCGCGGUUGGACUCAGCGAGAAAGGUGCCACGAUGAUGCGUCAACUCUCACUAACGGACGCCGCGAAUGCAGCCAGCGCGGCUGGUAUAUUUGUGAAUGGAGAAAUGAAAGACGAAGCGGCGCUUGCCGCGCAACUGGAACAGCUUAAACUCAGCGAACAAAAGGCUGCGCGCAUGAAGGCCAAACGCGUGCGCACACAAAGCCAUUCCGAUUGGAGCACGACCAUAGCGCCGCGUUACCAAUGCGAAGACGGUGAGUGCUCCGUGCAAUCGUGUCUGAAUAAUUUCACCGGUGUUGAGUUGAUGACGGGCAACAACAAGGUUGGUUGUGAAAAUUGUACGAAACGCAUUAAUGGUAGCGAUCCUAAGGCAAAGACCGUCAAUACGAAUGCGACUAAACAGUUUCUAAUAUCUAGUCCGCCAGCGGUAUUAAUACUACAUUUGAAACGUUUCCAACUCGGACCGCGUUGCAUAUUCCGCAAGUUGACACGCGGCGUCAGCUUUCCCAUGGUCUUGGAUAUUGCGCCAUUCUGUGGUUCCAAAGUAAAAAAUUUGCCAAAUAUCGAUCGCAAACAAAAGAAACUACUCUAUGCGCUGUACGGCAUUGUCGAGCACUCGGGCGGUAUGUAUGGCGGCCAUUAUACGGCGUAUGUAAAAGUGCGUCCGAAACUGUCGCGUGAAGACAAGCGCUGGAAAUUCUUGCCGCAGGGCAGCAAGGCCGAACUCGAUCAAGACGACGAGCAACGCAAGAAACUCGAAGAGCUGUUAGCCAAAGAGAAAGCACGCGAGCUGCGAAUGAAGGCCGCCAACGACAGUGAUGAUUUCUCCAACAGCAGCGACUGCUCAUCAUCCACAACAAGCACUUCCGAUACUGACGAGCAGCCCGAGACCACAGCAGACGCACGCGGUGGCGCUUACGGUGGCGAAGAUGAGGCGCGCGAUGUACAAGUGCCAAAGGGCAAAUGGUAUUACGUAUCCGAUUCACGCGUGCAAGAGGUCAACGAGGAGGCGGUGCUGCAUGCGCAAGCUUAUCUGUUGUUCUACGAACGUAUUUAUUAAAAAUAUUCUACUAUAAUUAUGCAACAAAACGAAAGAGAAAAAAUAAUGAAAUAGACAAGCAACGAUGUUGAUAGUCAUGCAUUACUCGUAGUAUGAUGAUGAUGAAGAUGACCAUAACCACAAAAAGUGCGUUUUUGACAGACGCAAUGUACACCUCAAUUUAAGCGAAACAAACGAAAAACAAAAAGAAAACAACAAAAACAAACACCCACUAUAAUAAUGUAAUAUCGCUAUUAAAGUAACAAUUUUGAAAUUAUAAACAUAGUUAGGCUAGAAAGUAGAAUGGCAAGCAAACAACACACGGAACACCGAAAAGCCAAACAGCAAGCUUGCAAUGCCGCAGCAGUAGCAUAAUUGCAGCACGCAACUCGAGUCUUUUGCCGCUGUGCUGGCAACACUCGUCGAACAAAUGCAUCGCGCAUUACAUAUACAUACAUACAUACAAUUUUAGCACCAAUAACUGCAUUUUGUGUUAAGUGUGUUUUAACUCGCUAAAGUUGCUUGAAAACGUGGAAAGAAACGUGUUAAAAAGUGCGUCCGCGUGACAUUGCAUAGAAAACCGUUAAUGUGUUGGUGACCACAGUUGUGUCCAGUGUUUUAGUGGUGCCACAUGCCUUCGCCGCAACAACUUACUAAGUUCUUACUUUAGUUCAAAUUUAUAUAUACAUACAUAUAUUUAUAUUUUGUUUUUUUUUUUGAAAACGGGUAUUAGACGGUUAUAUACACACACAUACAUACAUUUAUAAUUAUGCAUUUGUUAUAUUUUCUGCGAACACCGCCACUUUGUUAUUAAUAUUUAAACAUUUUAUUUGAAGCAAACAUACCAUUGCUCAGCGUGCAUUUCUAAAUAUUACACUAAUUAAGCGCAUACAAAGCGAAUUAGAAAUUGUGGUGAAGGUGUACUAUAUACACGUGUAUUUUAUGAAACAUUUGCAGUUGCAACACGGACCUUCAAACUGAACUUGGUACGCAAAUGUUGCAUCCGCUUGCGCGACGGGUUGUUCGUUUGUGCGUGUUGGUGUGCCGCAAGUAACUGUUUAUGUGUAAUGAUAACGAAAGGUUUUAAUUAAAUGAUAAUGAUGAAACAUUAAUUAAUUAAAAUGAUAAUAAUGCUGAUGCGUAUGAUUACUUUGAUUACUACCAUACCAUUAUUGCAUACGUACGUAUUUGAAAUACCAACUAAAUAAAAGUAAAAAAAAAAAACAAAAACAAAUUUGAAUAAUACUUAUAAACUAUGCGUAAAUAAUGAAACGAUCUUGAAAAUAAAUUAUUAUAAAUUUUAUGAAAA